UGGUUGAAACUUCUCAGUUGUGAUGGGGGCGGGUCCUGAAGCAAAAUCACUAAAACCCAAUUUCGUUCACGGCAUCAUAAUCCCAGCGUAGUCCUAACCGAUUCACAAUUAUCUCUCAGCAGAAUCGGCAGAUUUUUAACUCCAAUUUCAGUAAAUUCUCAACAAUCUAAAUAGUAGUUCGCAUCCGAUCUGAAUACAUUGAAUUCUUUCUUGGAUUGAAAAAUUUGAGGGGAUCGAUGGGGGCGCUGAUGUCGAGGAUGUGGUUCAUGUUGUUUCCGGCGAAAGAGUACAAGAUCGUGGUGGUGGGGCUGGAUAACGCCGGCAAAACGACGACGCUUUACAAGCUCCAUUUGGGAGAGGUUGUCACCACGCAUCCAACUGUGGGCAGCAACGUUGAAGAGGUUGUCUACAAAAAUAUUCGAUUUGAGGUGUGGGAUCUUGGUGGGCAAGAUAGGCUUAGGACGUCGUGGACAACUUAUUGUGGGACACAUGCGGUUAUAGUAGUGAUAGACAGCACUGAUAGAGCUAGGAUCUCCAUAAUGAAAGACGAGCUAUUUGGGCUGCUUCCAAACGAGGAUCUACAGAGUGCAGUAGUGCUCGUAUAUGCAAACAAACAGGAUCUGAAGGACGCCAUGACCCCUGCUGAGAUAACCGAUGCUUUAUCCCUUCACAGUAUCAAGAAUCACGACUGGCACAUCCAAGCUAGCAGUGCACUAACUGGUGAAGGCCUAUACGAUGGUUUGGGCUGGAUCGCACAAAGAGUCGCUGGAAAAGCAACAAGCUAGACUGAAUACACCUAUCCCAGGUGUUCGUUGUUAAAGGCAGGAACUUGGCUUGUUAUUUGCUAUGUAUUUCUUGAUUUGAGCCAAGUUUUUUAUGUCUUUAUCAAAGAUCAAAGUUGAUGCCUUCAGAUAAUGUUAAUGAAAAAGGCAUCAUAUUGAUGUUUUUGGUGAAAAUGUUAUACUAUCAAG